AUGGGAGAGGUUUUGCAGAAUCAAUCUGACAAGCGUCCAAUGUCUUUAUGGAAGAGAAUAAUAAGAGAGAACGCACGUUUUCGGAUCCUCAGAAAAGCAUCGACUCGCAAAGCCGAACGGGAAGGUAACAGCAAAGGGAUUAAAAAUUGUGCUGCUAAGAGCGAUCAAUUACAUCCGCAGAAUUUUGGUAAGCAUGGCUGUUUGAAAUCCGGUACACAAGAGAACAUUAAUCCUCCUCAAAAAAUGGUCACAGUUAAAGAUAUUCGUAGUGAUGAGAGCGCUAAUUCUGACAAAGCUUGUCGAAAGACGGUGCACAUUAGUACGCCGCAAUCCCCCGAGAGCAGCAGAAGAAACGCAAUAUGCGAAGUGAUUGAAAAACAGUAUAUAGAUCACGCAUGUAACCAACAAGUAAACCUUUCUCAGAAAAGAGAUUGCUUAAGAGUUGAAUACGUUCUUCGAGAAGUUUGUUUACUAUGA